AUGGAAGAGUUUAGUACUGCAAAAGGUGGCGUCGACGGACUUCACGUCCUUUAUGAACGCCCGGAAGGCACCCAGGGGAUCAUCGAUAUCGUUGCCGUCCACGGCAUGGGCGGUCACUGCGUUAACUCGUGGACACACCAGGCAACCAAGUGCUUCUGGCUGCGUGACUUGUUGCCCGUUAAAAUGCCCCAGGCCCGCAUCAUAACAUUCCAAUACGACACCCCAAGGCUUUUCGGCCAGACCGCCUACGGGGUGCCUGAUCACGCCGGGGCACUUCUCAAAGCCCUCAGGGACAAACGUGAUGAGGAGUCAACGGACCCGAUUGUCUUCAUCGGGCACAGCCUGGGGGGAAUCAUUAUCAAGAAGGCGAUAGAGUUGGCUAAUACAGACGACGUGUUUCGGGAUAAUAUCGCCAAAGCAGCACAGGGGAUAGUCUUCUUCGGGACCCCCCACCGCGGCUCCGCUGUCGCAAGCUUCCUGAUUGUCAAAAUGAUGACCUCCCUACCUGGCUGGUCCGGCACUAAGUUCCUCCCGCUGCUCGAGAUCAACUCGAACGGCCUGUCGGAAAUCACCGAGGAUUUCCUGCCGUUCGCGCACAAGUACGCACUUGUCACAUUUUACGAGCAGCACAACUUUCCAUGGCUUAAGUAUAGGUAG